UGCAAUGUCGCUGAAGUGGAAAAUGAAUCAAGAUUAAGUAACAGAAACUGAUCGCUGAGAUCUCGUACAUGCCGCAUUGAAUUGCACAGUGCUCUCUAGACUUAAUGUCUGUAUUAUAACAUUUCUAAAGCAAUAAAUUUAAUAGAGGCAAAUUAAACCACAAGAUGCUCAGUGUUUCCUUGCUUUACAGGCAGCAAGCCCUCGUGGAAUAAGAUCUGAACAGUUGUUCAAUUCAUAUUAAAUUUAGAUUGAUUUAAUAUUAGCUAUUCUCCACAUUGCAAUAGUAAAGUAAUGCAUACUUGAUUUGUAAACGGUAUGCUAAUAUGGAUUGUGCAAUAACACAAGUUGAUUAUUAGUUAAACUAAAACAAAGAAAAGAAUUGCUAGAGGACACAGGUGAUGUGUAACAGAUUCGGCCCAAAUAAGUAAUCUAGAAAAUGACUUUGACCAAUGAAGUAACAAGUUUGCAGUGUGAUUAUAUCUUCAAUUUCUUCUGCACAUUUAGACAUAAUACAGAUCUUAGCUGUGUUUUUGUGUUGCUACAGUACAGAGGUGUAGGACCAUGCUGUUUCCCAGACAAAUUUGUAUGCUUUAUCUUCUUGUAUUGGUAAAUGCUGCCGAGCCGGAAGUUUCUGGAAAGAAUAGCGGCUGUAUGUACGGUCACCCCGGAAUCCCAGGAGACCCGGGACACAAUGGAAUGCCAGGUCGUGAUGGCAGAGAUGGGGCCAAAGGUGACAAAGGAGAUAGAGGGGACAUAGGAACCUGUGGGGAAACUGGUAAAAGUGGUCCAAAAGGAGAUAAAGGAGAACCUGGUAUUCCUGGCAUAGCUGGUAUAAAGGGCAAACGUGGUGAUAAUGGAGAGAGGGGCUCACCUGGGAAAAUGGGGCCCCAAGGCUUUUCAGGGCCACUAGGUUUGAAAGGUCAUAAAGGGGAACUGGGUUUGCCAGGACCACAGGGCAUCAAAGGGGAGGAGGGGCCAGUAGGUCCAGAAGGGCCAAAAGGGGACACUGGCGCUAAGGGAGACAGGGGCUUAAUGGGUCCUCUGGGGCCCCCAGGACGGCCAGGUCCGAAGGGUGAUUUCGGCCCUCCUGGUAUCAAGGGCAGCAUCGGUGUACAUGGUGAUAAAGGCUCAAAAGGGGAUAUUGGGAAGCCGGGUCCAAAGGGUGACAUGCCUGAGAUACCAAAAAGUGCUUUUUCAGUCGGAUUGACUGAAAACACCAAAAUACCUCCUGCUAACGCACCAAUUCGUUUUAAUAAAAUCAUUUAUAACCGGCAAGGUCACUAUGACACUGAGACCGGACGCUUUACGUCUGCUUUCAGCGGAGCCUAUUUUUUCACCUACCAUAUCACCGUCUACUCUCGCAAUGUAAAAGUGGCACUGGUUAAGAAUGGUCAGCGAAUGAUCCACACCAUGGACAACUAUCAAAGUGGUGAAGACCAGGCUGCGGGAGGGGCAGUCCUUGACCUGGAGGCUGGAGACAAGGUUUGGCUACAAGUGGCUGAUGGGGAGCUAUUCAAUGGGCUGUAUGCCGAUGAAGAUGAUGAUACUGUUUUUUCUGGGUUUCUCCUCUUUGCAACAUGAAGUAGCCAGAAGAGCACUUCUGGUAAUUGGAGUUCAGUGCGUACAGCUAUGAUGCUGUGCUUUGAAAGAAAAUAUUUUAAAUUAACUAAAUGAUGUUAUGACAGUUAUGUUUGUUUGUUUUCUGAUAGAUUCAUUGUGUCAUAUUUGCUUUGUAAAAAAUAGUAAAAGUAUUUAGUGGGGCCUGCUGACAGAUUCAACAAACAAUAACUGCAUCGUUUAUGUGCUUUGAAGGAUAAUACAUUAAAAUCCUGUGCCAUGAAUAGAACAUUUUGGAAAUUAAAAUGUAUGGAAAAAUCCCAUUAUUGAUUUUCAUUAUUUUGUGUGCAAUUUUGCAGUGUUUCUCA